AGGUUGCCCGCUGGGCCGAUGCGCGGCAUGCGCUCCGACCGCUGGGUUUGUCGCCCAUCCUUUGCGAGGCGGAGCGACGUGGAGAGAGAGGCAUCACCGUGGAGUUCCUCAUGGAAUCCCAUGCCUGCAGACCCUUCCGGGCCUAUGCCCGAGGCCUCUUGCUUGGAGACCUUUCGGUGGCAACCAUCGAGGAAGGUUCAAAUCGACUUGCACAGUCUAAGGCUCUCAUGGCCUUGGAGUACGUCUUGCAGCACAGCAACCACGGACAGGUUAAGAAGGUUCUUGAAGCUUUGGAAGAGUUUGCAGUGAAGGUCCUCAAGCCUUCAAGGCAGUGGUUCAAGAUCGCAGCUGGAGCUAAAGGUCUCGUGGUGGAGCGGGCCCUGCGCCGCGCACCCGAAGGGGCCUGUCUCGAGAUCGGCACCUAUGUGGGCUUUACGGCCAUUCGUUGUGCAGCAGGGCGGGCCCCGAAUGGACGUGUGGUGUCCCUCGAGGUGGACCCCGAACAUGCCGUGGUGGCGCAAUGCAUGGCCUUGCAUGCAGGUGUCGGCCGCCAGGUAGAGGUUUGGACGGGUCACAGCGGUGAUGUCAUACGCAGCCUACCAGAGCGAUACCCAGGUUGGACACCUCGCUUUGCCAUGGUUUUCAUGGACCAGUGCGGUUCUCGCUUUUGGGCGGACCUUGAGCUCUUAAUCAGAGAGGACAUGCUGCUGCCAGGUGCCGUGAUCCUGGCAGACAACGUACUGAAGCCAGGAGCACCGCUCUUUCUUUGGCAGCUGUUCCAUGGCCGAGGUCGUGAGCUUUUCUCGCAGCGCCAGUUGAUCAGCUUGGAAGAGUUUGCCAUGCCUGGUGUUGAGGAUUGCAUGGCAAUGGCCAUUUACAAUCCUGAUGGCAUGGCAAUGGCAGGAGCUGAUAAGGCUCCCCCUGCGGAGGUUUCAGCCUUGGAGUUCGAGGCCGAUCAAGUGCGUGCCAAAGCUGCCACCUCCGGCAGCGUGCCUUUCGAAGAUUGGUCCGUCUUUGCCGCGCGCUCGGGCACCCAAGAAACGGGCGUACGGAGGAGUUACAUACUAGCUGCAAGGCCCGGCAAGGCUCCCAAGACUCAACCAAUGGUAAUGGUAUGAUGGUAUGCGUGCCUUCAUGGCAAGGGUAUGGCUUCUAUACUUGUACCUCAAGCUUCAGAACGGUGCUUGAGGGACGUGACGACAUGAUUUUUCUCACUUGUACAAGUGGGCCCCACUGAUCAGACAUGACAAGUUCGGAGGCAACACAGGGCGUGUUGUCCGAGCAUUGAUUCGUGCAAGUUUCUGCGAGUGCCAAAUUGGUUCUCUAUAUUUCUCUAUAUCUUGUUCAAAUGCAUUUGGGAAGCAUUAUGGCUUUACUUACGGCUUUCCCCUAUAUGGCAUACAUGGAGUGUCUGGGAUUUAACUCUUACUUUUCCAUCCUCUUAUUGGCGAUGGAUUUGCGAUGGAGCAGAAACGCUGACUUCUUCUUCGGAUGGAUUUAUGCGGCUCCAGUAGGUGGAGAGUGGCCCAGGAUGGUGGAUUUGCGCUGCAAAGGCGGACAUUUGUUGCCACAACAUUGACGUAGAACAUUUGGGAAGAAGUGCAAGGGGAAAGGAUAUGAAAGGAUCAUAGGCUAUAGGGAAGUGAACGGCAGGAAACGGAAAAGGACAAUGGAAAUUUAAGUUCAGAGGAAGAGACAAGGAGAGUAAGGAAAAGGAGCUAGACAAAGGGAGAGUCCAAAGUGAAAGGGACAUGUCGUCGGGACUCUCUUGCAUACAUUCCUUCCUAUUUGGCAAAUCCUAGUUGGAGGCCAUCGCUAUUGGGUUGGAGGUCAUCGCUGUUAGCUUGGAGGCCAUCACUAUUAGGUCGGAGGCCAUUGCUAUCAGGUUGGAGGCCAUCGCUCCUAGAUUGGAGGCCAUUCUUAUUAGGUUGGAGGCCAUUGCUAUUAGGUUGGAAUUCCUUUGUUUUAUGUUCCAAUCCUAUUUGCCGAAUGAUGCUUGAAAGGACGGGAACGCUUUUGUUCUGCUUUCUUGUCACUUCAAUGAUGGUGUGGUGUGAAAGAUGGACAGAAUGUCCUCUUUUUGCACAAUGUUGUUUUGAAGGUGGAUUCCAUACAUGUAAUGCUUCUUGGGUGCAACCCUUAGCCAGAUACAUGGUGAAUAGAAUCUAGGUACCAUAGCAUGUGCACAACAUGCUUGCAGAGCCAAUUUCGCCAAUGUCCAGCUUUGUGAGCUGAAGCCGGGCCUCGGUGCACCAAAGUGUCUCGUUUGCGUGCAGCUAGGCAUGAAGAAAUCGUUGCAAGACCUGAAGAUAGAGAUCACUGAGUGGAUCGUUCCUGAGGUCGACAGCAAGGAGCCGAAGUGACUUUUGUAGCCAACUGAGCUGCAAGAACGCGAGCCAACUGAGCUGCA